GAGUCUGGCUGAGACGGAAGAGGAUUCCCCCCCAGCACCCCAGCUGUGUUUUUGUUCUGUGUUGCUUUUCUGUUUGGAUCGCGAACCGAAACCGGGCCGCCGCGAAGCGCCAUGGGAGAGGCGGGGAGCGCCUGACAGCAAGAGGAGGAGUGUCAGUGCAUACCUCAGUCAACUGAAGGUGUUUGGUGGCCGGAGAGAGAUGGACUCCCUCAAGAAGGAGCUGGAAGAGGAGCUGAAGCUCGACACUGAGGACCUGAGGAGUCAUGCGUGGUACCAUGGACCGCUGAGUAGAGAGGGGGCGGAAUCUCUGUUGGAGAGGGACGGAGACUUCCUAGUCCGUGAUUCAAGCUCUGCCCCUGGUGACUAUGUCCUUAGCUGCUAUUGGAGGAAUGAGCCCAUGCACUUUAAGAUCAUACGGGUGGUGCUGCGACCCAAGAAGGGGUACACAAGGGAGCUUUUCCAGUUUGAGGAUGAUCGCUUUGACAAUGUCCCUGCAUUAAUUCGUUUCCAUGUGGGUGGACGUCGACCUAUCUCCCAGACUUCAGGCGCUGUGGUCUUCCACCCAAUUACACGCACACUUCCUCUGCGGGUCAUCACUGAGCGCCACAUAGAUCAAGGAGGCAGCAGUAGUAGGGGUCAAGGAGAAGAGACACACAAGGAUCACAGCAAGAGACUGAGCUUCUGCUCGGCACAAGCUGACCUAUUGCAGAUCAACAAUCCAUUGCUCAGGAGUGGAAGUCAGCCUUCUGUCUUGGAGAAUUCAGGACACAGGCCUUCAUUACAGUCUGCUCAGUCUGACAGCAACCUACGAACAGGUGUUCCUCGGACCAGUCAUUCAGAUCAAGCUGGCCCUGCUCCCAUCUCCCCAGUAUUUAGGACAGGCAGCGAACCCCUGCUGAGCCCCCAUCAACAUCAUAGGUUUCCUGCCCAUCAAGGAGGAGGGGUUACACUACGUGGUUCAGAUGGACAGCUACACCCCAGAGCUCCCCCAAAACCACUCAGGGUCUCUACUCUGUUCCCUAAUGGUGCAUCCCCUCUGUCCUCACGGUCUCAGGACGACCCUUCCUCUUUCUAUGAUGAGCUGGUUGUCCAGUUGCCAAAGUCCCGGCGGAAGGGCCAUGUGGAUCGUCUCCGUGCAGAGGAGAAGUGGCAGAGCCGUGCCCGUCUCACAGAGACUUCAUUUAGUUUCCUAGAAGCACAGAACGAUGGGACUUCGCCACAGUUACCAUUUGACGGACAUCUCCAAGUGGAGGCCACGGAAGAAGUGGAAGAGUGGCAUUUUCAGCGUCCUCAUGUGGAGUUAGAGUCAUGCUUUCAGCUGGAUCAGUUUGAAUCGCUUCUCUUGCCGGAGAACAACCGACCCUUGGAGCCCAGUGUCCUGCUGGCCCUCAAAGAGCUUUUCAACCGCUGUGAUGCUGGUACCACUGCUCUGCACAUGCUCAGUGUGGACUGCCAGGUAGCACGCGUCGUUGGGGUAACAGAUGAGCAGAAGACGAUUAUGGCAGUUGCGUCAGGGUUAGAGCUCGUCACUUUGCCACAUGGACACCAGUUGCGACAGGAUCUUUUAGAGAGGCAUCAUCUAAUAGCCCUAGGAGUAGCAGUAGACAUUCUUGGCUGCACGGGGACAGUGGGUCAGAGGGCAACCGUUUUACAUAAAGUCAUCUCAUUGGCUCAGGCCUUGAAAGAAAAAGCCCACAACCUCUAUUCCUUCUCAGCAGUAAUGAAGGCUCUGGAAAUGCCCCAGGUGGUGCGGUUAGAGAUGACAUGGCGAGCAUUGAGGAGGAACCACACAGAGAGUGCUGUGAUGUAUGAGAAGAAUCUCAAACCUUUCAUGAACUCCCUGAGUGAGGGAGAUGAUUCUGUGGUGCAGGGACCAGUAGCUAUGCCACACCUGGUGCCCCUGCUGAUGUUGAUGGAAGGUGAAGACCCAAGUGAGAACAGCGAGCGAGGCUGUCAACUUCUCUAUGAUGUUCUCCAGUCAGCGCGCAAUACAGCACUGCAUGCCUCAGAUUAUCAGCAGCAUGCACACACUCUGCUCACAGGGGGCUGGGAGCCAAUCCCUGAGCUGCUGGAAGCGUUCCACACAGAGUUUGCCUUGCGGCUCUUCUGGGGUCAGUCUGGGGCAGAAGCAGAGAGACAGGAACGGUACAACAAGUUUGACAAAAUUCUUUGUGUGCUCUCUGAUAAACUGGAACCAGUGGAGGUAACACCACAACCCUUUGAACCCUGAACUCUCUACAUUGUCUUUGACCCUUGAACCUGAUCCUGAGGGACCAUCUAACUAAAAUGGAAGGAAUCUCUGUCUGUCUGUGUGUCUGUCAAGUCAAGUCAAGUCAAGUCAAUUUCAUUUGUAUAUCCCAAUAUCGAUUUUCUCAACAAUCGUUCAUCUGAUUGACUUCACACUUGGGGGCAGUGUAUUGCUGAGGACCUAAGGAAGUGAAGUGUUGAGUGUGAAGUUGUUUGGGUGAGCGGAUUUCGAGAAAAUCAAAGGACAGACAUAGAUACAGGCAUAUUGUAGCGAAUUCAUAUAGACAGAGACGCUCUUCCCGUGGCGACCGGACAAACAGUGCCACUCUGCCAUUGCAACCCAAAUUGUGGUCGGAGGGGGGAUUACACCCGAAUGGGCAACGCACUAGUUUUACUAAACCCUCACCCUGAGGGGUAAUCAGCACUUUUUUCUUCUUCUUUUUUUUUUAACCCCAAGGAAAAUACAAAGCUGAAUUAAAGACAGAUAUCUUUGUAGUAUAAUCUUGGGGAGUGGCAGGGACAACUUGGAGGGCACCCAGGCCUUGAGGAUGGAUUUGAAGGGUUUUUUUUCUACCUUUUCAAAUGUGCAGUUACAGGUUGAGCCUGUGCAAUAAGAUGUAAUGUUAGGUUAAAGAACAAAUUAAGGUCUCAAUGGGAUGGGUUCACUUGGAUCAGAUGUCAUACCUGGAGAUGACCAGAGGUGCAGGGUAUCUCAUUGUUUUAAGUGGUGAGAAGUCAUGUUGAUUUACAUUUGGUAUGAGGGGAUCCUAGAAAUCUGAUUUAUGAUCUGCAUGUCGGAGGCAGAGCUGGAGGUGGCUUGAAGAUGCUAAGAUUUUCACUGGGAUUGACGAAGAAGGACAGGAUUACGGAUGAGUAUAUUAGAGGGACAGCUCAGGUUGGACAGUUUGGAGACAAAGCAAGAGGCAAGAUUGAGAUGGCUUGGACAUGUGUGGAAGAGAGAUGCUGGGUAUAUUGGGAGAAGGAUGCUGAAUAUGGAGCUGCCAGGGAAGAGGAAAAGAGGAAGGCCAAAGAGGUGGUUUAUGGAUGUGGUGAGGAAGGACAUGCAGGUGGCUGACGUGACAGAGGAAGAUGCAGAGGACAGGAAGAAAUGGAGCAGCUGAAAGCAGUAGAUGAGGGGAUCCUGGGCCGCUUGUAACUUUAAAAUUUGACUACAUGUCGGUUCGUUCAUCCAUGUCAGGGAGAUCAUCUUUAGGGAAAGUUGAAAUUGUUUACUUGACAAGUUGUAUCCAAGUGUUUACUUUUUUAUACCAAGCAAGUUUUGUAUUUGAUCUUCUGUCCCAUGCAUUCCAUAUCCAUUGUCGUGAAAUUUUCUUUGAUACUUGAGAUCUCAUGGAAAUGACUUCAACAAGUUAAAUGCUUCUCAAUGGUCAGCAAAUUCCUCUUGUCCUAAUUACCUUCUGUGAAUUAUGCCCUUUAAGUGACCACACUGGAAAAUAUUUUUUUUCUUUUCAAAUGUGUUUCGAAUGCAUUGAAUACAUUUUUAUCCUGAAAAAAAUAAAAUGUAUAUUUCUUCUUUUUUUUCAAAUUUCUAUUUCAAGCAAGGGAUUGUCAUCAAGAAUAAUGUGUGUUGGUGUGCGUGCAUGUGUAAAGUUUCAAAUUAAAGACACUGAC